AUGGCCAAAGGGAAAGAUAAGCGCUCUUCUGGCGCCAAAGAGGACCUGCAAAAGUCAGGUGCCUCCGCUACGGAAUCCCAACCCGCCGAGAUCCCCCAGUUCAAAGAUGGCGCCUUCGCUGGCCUACGAGAGAAAAUCGAACAGCGAUUGAACAAACAGAGCUCUGGCAAGGGAAAGAAGAAGGACAACAAGCCUCAGCCUUCCAUCGAGACGCCUAAGAAGGAUGCCCCCAAGUCUGGCAAGAAUCAGGGAUCUGCACAGGGCAAGAAGCGUGAUCGCAAUGGAGAUGUGAUCGCCCGUGAGCAGAAGGGAGAUAAGAAAAAGCAGGGCAAGCCUGACGGUCCCAAGAAGAGCAGCAAAGACGACAAACUGCGCGAGGAGAUCUUGGCUCUGGGCGGCACUGAAGAGGAUUUGGAUCUUCUCGAUGGUGUCGACUCUGAGUCCGAGGUCGAGGGCGAGAAAGGAGGCGACGAGGAUUUGCGCAAGGAACUUGCAAAAAUGCUGGAGGCUUCCGGCCAUGUCGUCCCUGAAGACCUAGACGAUGAGGAGGCUGAGGCUGAGCAGGCCGAAGCAGAGGCCGAGGCUGCGGCUGAGAGAGAAGAAGAAGGCGAAGAGGAUGAGGAGGAUAUCGCGGAGGCAGAUGACAGCAGUGAGGCGGAUAGUGAAGAUGCCAGCGAACCUGAAGAGUCCGACAUUGAGGAAGCACCUCCGGCCAAACCGAUUAAAGCGAAGGAAGCCGAAGUUAUCGUGCCCAAGGAAUUUGCGAAACUUAGCGCAACGCAAAUGAACGCCCUGCCUCGUCACCUGGUCGAGCGCAUCCAUGAGGUCGCCAAUACUUUCCUCCAAGAGGAGACCGAUCUGUACGCGGAAGCCCAGCAGGCAUCUGCCUCUUCGUCCCACAAGUUCUACACAACAAUCAUGGCCUCCGGUACCCUGAGCGAUAAGAUCUCUGCUUUGACCCUUGCUGUUCAAGAAUCGCCGCUGCACAGUACGCUCUCUUUGCAGAAUCUCAUUGGCCUCGGAAAGAAACGUAGCCGUGCGCAGGCUGUUGAAGUUUUGCGCUCUCUGAAGGAUAUGUUCGCUCAGGGUACUUUGUUGCCCAGCGAUCGACGAUUAAGGUCGUUUGCCAACCAGCCCGGUCUCGUUGCCGCGUUCCAAGGUGCUCCUGGCCGAUGGACUGAGCGGGACCCGCUUCCCGGAGGCUUGCAAAAGAGCCACUUGAUUGUCUGGGCUUUCGAGGACUACUUGAAGGAGCAGUUCUUCGAGAUGCUUAAGAUUCUUGAGAUUUGGUGUAACGACGAGAUUGAAUUCUCGCGUUCCCGUGCCGUCAGUUACGUGUACGAGCUUUUGAAGGAGAAGCCCGAGCAAGAAGCCAACCUGCUGCGUCUCCUUGUGAACAAACUUGGAGAUCCCGGCAAGAAAAUUGCUUCCCGUGCCUCUUACCUGCUGUUGCAGCUUGAGCAGCAGCAUCCGCUUAUGAAGCCCCUCAUCAUCAAGGGUGUCGAGGAGCUGCUGUUCCGUCCUGGCCAGAGCCAGCACGCUAAGUACUACGCCAUCAUUACCCUAAACCAAACUGUUCUUAGCACCAAGGAACCCAAGGUUGCUGAUCAAUUGCUGGACAUCUACUUCUCCCUUUUCGUUACUUUCUUGAAGCCUACCAAGCAGGUGACUCAAAACAAGCACGGAAAAGGCCCCAAGGGCAAGGGCAACGAUGAGGUGAAGGGCGAGGCUCAGACCGAUGAGAUGCGCGAGAAGUUGACUUCCGGUGUCUUGACUGGUGUCAACCGCGCUCAUCCUUUCACUGACUCCGACUCCGAUCGCCUCACCAAGCACAUCGACACGCUCUUCCACAUUACACACUCGUCUAAUUUCAACACCAGUAUUCAGGCGCUGAUGCUGAUCCAGCAGAUCACUGCCUCUCACCAGAUCUCCAGUGACCGCUUUUACCGCACGCUGUACGAGUCCCUUCUGGACCCACGCGUUGCUACAUCCUCAAAGCAGUCGCUUUACCUGAACCUCCUGUUCAAGGCUCUCAAGAAUGACCUGACCAUCCGCCGAGUGAAGGCAUUCGUCAAGCGUAUUGUGCAGGUCCUUGGAAUGCACCAGCCCGCCUUUGUCUGCGGUGUCUUUUACCUCAUCCGCGAGCUUGAAAAGUCCUUCCCCGGUCUCUCGUCUCUUCUAGAUCAACCCGAGGACAACGAGAGCGAUGGCGAGGAAAACUUCCAGGAUGUCCCCGACGAAGAUGACGAGCAGCCGCAGCCAACACCUGUCGUGAUCAAGAAGCAAGCCAGUGGAUAUGACCCGCGCAAGCGCGAUCCGGAGCACAGCAAUGCCGACAAGACUUGUCUCUGGGAAUUGCUUCCUUACACUGCUCACUUCCAUCCCUCAGUCUCCGUAAAUGCCGCGAACCUGCUGGAGCACCAGCCUAUGAGCGGCAAGCCCGACAUGACUAUUCACACUCUUACCCACUUCCUGGACCGCUUCGUUUACCGUACCCCCAAGGCCAGCGCUACUUCCCGCGGUGCCUCGAUCAUGCAGCCUCUGGCUGGUGGCGAUGUUGCCGACCGACUGGUGGAGGCCGUCAAGUCAGCUGGACAGGCCGUGCCCCUCAACUCGGAGAACUUCUGGAAGAAGAAGGCCAAGGACGUGGCCGCGGAGGAUGUCUUCUUCCACCAGUACUUCAAUCGUGUUAACGAGGGCAAGGUCAAGGCCAAGAAGGGCAAGGGCGCCGUUGACCCCGUUGACCGCGACGAGGAGGAUAUUGAUGAUAUCGAUGGUCUCAGCGGGGACGAGGAUGAGAUCUGGAAGGCCCUGGUUGAUUCGAAGCCAGAUCUUGAGGAGGAAGCCGACGAUAGCGACGAUGAUCUGGAUAUGGAUGAUCUGGAAUCCGCCUACGAUGAUGAUGAGGCUGAAGGCGAAGCCAGUGGCGACGAAGAUGUCAUCUUCAAUGACGAGUCCGAUGUGCCCUCGGACGAAGAGAUGGAAGAGGCCGAGUUUGGCGGAUUCGACGAUGAGGAAGCUGCUCCUGCCCCGAAGAAGGCCGUCACGAAGAAGGCCGCCAAGAAGGAGGAGCCCGAGGACGACUCGGACGCCUUCGACAUGGACGUAUCAGACGACGAGGCCUUCCUGGACAGCGACGAGGACUUGCCGUCCGAUAUGGAGCUGGGUGGCGUGGAGUUGCCGGCCGAGACGGAGCCGUCGACGUCGAAACGCGAAAAACGCCGCAAGCUCAAGCACCUGCCGACAUUCGCCUCCGCGGACGAUUACGCGGCAUUGUUGGGCGACGAGGACGAUGGCAUGUAG